AGAAUGCACACGUCGUAUGGUAAAAAAAUAACAGACAUUAUUGCAGGAACGAAGAGUGGUUACAAGUAUUGAACAAAAUCUGUCUGUGCCUCGAUAUAAUUCUAAUCUUUAUAGAUAUAAUAAUAACAGAGCUGUAUCGAAAAAAAAAAGUAAAAAGGAAAUAUUUCUUAAUGGACUUGCUUGCCAUACAAUUCAAUUUGUUGGAAUAAUGGGCUUGUACCACAUAGUUAUGUUACCAACAGGAUUCCAUAACUUAUAUUAUAUUCUAACAACUUUUGUGUAGGGUGUGGUUUUUUUUUGCCGCCCCGGACAAUUGCCUGGUUUGCCCCCCCCCCUAGAUCGGGCGCUGUGCUCACCAAGCAUUUAAAAAUAACGGCAGAUUUAUGGGUGAGGGGUUAUAGAUACUGUACCAAUAGCGGAAGGAUUAGCGGCAUUCACACGUACACUCAAUCACGCGUUCUUGGAACGUUCCGCUCCAAUAGGUACCUUUACACUUACACUCUUUCGCGUGGGGUUUGAACGGCGUUCCAAUCGUGCGGCCAAUAAUGCGCUUCAAGAACGUAGCGUUCCAAGAGUGUGUUACUAGAAAAAUAAAAAAAUCAACGUUCCAUUCGCGCAGACUUAACCGCGCGUAUAUAACGUAAAAGGAAAAACAUGUCAGUGUAAAGUAAAAAGUGUUGGUUAUCGCGCGGAUUUGACCGUUCUCCAGGCGUUUUAGAAAUUCUGAAAGGAUUGAUAUAAAAAAGUGUACAAAAUAAAGCAGCAUAAAUUAAAAGUGGCUCUUUGUAUGGCUGUACAAAUAAAUUUUAUAAAUAAUAAAAGAAAAAGAAGCAUAUGGGUGAAAAAAUGGAUGGAGGAUCGUAACAAAUAUGGUCACAUGCCACUAUUAAAAGAACUAAGACAAGAUUAUCCUAGUGAUUUUAAAAAUUAUCUUCGUAUGGACUUUGAUACAUUUAAUAUAUUAUUAGAAUUGAUCUCACCUAUUAUUUCUAAACAAAACACGAAGAUGAGAGAAAGUAUUAGUGCGGAGGAAAGACUAGCUGCCACAUUACGCUACUUAGCGACAGGUCGCUCCUAUGAAGAUCUUAAAUUUUCUACUGGAAUAUCACCAUCUUCCUUAUGCUACAUCAUACCCGAAACAUGCAAAGCCAUAUAUCAGGUUCUUAAAGAAACUUAUUUGAAGUUUCCAAAAACAAAAGACGAUUGGUGCCAAGUAGCAUCGGAUUUUAAAAAUCAAUGGCAGUUUAUAAAUUGUGGGGGAGCCCUUGACAGGAAGCAUAUACGCAUUGUUCCGCCUCCUCAUUCGGGAGCUCAAUAUUACAACUACAAAAACUUUUAUAGCAUCGUUCUACUAGCGCUUGUAAACGCAAAUUAUGAAUUUAUUUACAUCGAUGUUGGGAAAAAUGGAAGACAUUCCGAUGGAGGAAUUUUGGAGUACACAGAAUUUUAUGAUAAAUUGACAAAAGGUCAAUUACAUUUGCCGAAUAAUGAUGAAACGGAGAAACAUCUUAAUUACGUUUUCUUAGGCGAUGAAGCAUUUUCACUGCACGAAAAUUUUUUGAUACCGUAUCCUCAAAGAGAUCUAUCAUUGGAAAAUAGAGUUUUUAACUACCGUUUAUCCCGUGCACGCAAUGUUGUUGAGAAUACUUUUGGUUUACUAGCUGCACGUUUUCGAGUUUUACACACAGCCAUACACAUUACCGAUCCACAAAAUAUCACCUACGUGGUUUUGGCUAUUUGUGCUUUGCACAAUUUUCUUAUAAGACGCACGACUUCUUAUGCACCUCCCAGAUCGUUUGAUCACGAAGAUUUGGCGACUCACGAAUUACAAAUGGGUGAAUGGCGGAAUAGCAGUACCGAACUUACCAGUUUACGAACAAGUACGCAAAAAAAUGUAACAAUAAACGCUAAAAGUAAUCGCGAGAAGUACAAACAAUAUUUUAAUUUGGAAGGAAAAGUUCCGUGGCAACUUGACAUGAUAAAGAAAGGAAAAGCUUAAUUUAUAUUAUUAUAACUCACCUGUGUUAAUAAAUUUUUUUUUACGCCUGUGUCUGUGUUUUCUUGUAAUUCAGUAUCCUGAGAUUCACUUUCAUUAUUAUGCUCUUGUAGUAUUUGGCAUUCAUUAUUCUCUGCAUGUUCUCCUGCCCCAUUGUCACAUCCUGCCUCUAAUUCGUCUGUAUCCAUAUUGCUUAUACUAGCGGUUGGUAUUUCCUGAUCACUGGUAAAUAACAAUACGUCGUAGUACCAUAAAGUGGGUAUGUAGACAUCAUCUGCCCCAGCUCCACUUCGCAUUGAUUCUGCCACCUUUUUUACUUCCUUGCGAAAAGAACCUCUGAAGCUUUGAAUCUUUUUUAUAACAUAGUCUUUAUUUGCCUCAGGAAAAAUGGUUUUGCAGACCUCUACCAAUUUCUCGUAAGCUUUAUUUUUUAGGUUUUUAUUUGUAUAGUCUUUUGACCUGACCUUCCAUAGACACGGAUACGAUUUAUAAACUUCAAUAAAAUGCCUUAUAAACCAGUACCUACUGUCUCCCAUGGC